AUGCAGGUCUUCCCGGGUGACUUCAGCCGCGGUGAGCCACCCGUCCACUUCAACCUGGUCCGCGACAGCCUUCCCUCACAGGAUAGCCUUCUCCUACAAAAGGCCUCCGAUACAAUUGAAGAGCUUGUCGGUGAAAGGGGGCCCCUGCUCGUAUCAUUAUACUUCAAACAUGUACAUCCCAUGAACCUCGUGGUUUGCAAGGCGAACUUCCUCCGCGCCUAUGCCGCGAUGGCGACUUCCGUUCCCGCCUCAUUACGCGGUGUCAUCUACGGUCUUGGUGCUAUGUCAUGGAAUCGCGAUCCUGAACUGAGGCUUCUCCCAUCACCAAGCUCACAUAGCCUCUUCCGACAAGCGCACUCUGCUCUUCAGAUCGAAUAUCACCUUCCAAAUCAGUGGACACUCCAGGCCUCGCUCCUCCUUAUCCAUGAGCGUCCCGGAGACAAUUUCACGAUGGAGACGCCAAGAACGUGGAUCCUGUCGUCGCAGUCCACGGCCAUCGCCCAAAUGCUGGGACUCCAUCGUGACCCCAAGGAUUGGAAUAUCGCAGCGUGGGAGAAGCGGAUGCGGAAGAAACUGUGGUGGUCCUCGUAUGUAACCGAUAUCUGGAGUUGUGUAUGCCACGGGAACGCUCCUCAUAUCAACAAGGACUCCUUUUCAACCGCGCUAGUCGAUGUCGAGGAGAUGGCGGAGGAGGAUGAGAUUGAGGAGGACUUGCAACAACAAUUUCUAGGGCCCCUCGAUGUUUCUGCAAAUGUCACAGCACGUGCCCGGUUUGUUGAGUCGGUGAAGCUCAGCCGAAUUCUUCACGGGCUGCUUUAUUCUUUUUACUCCGAUGAAGCAUAUAAACGAAAUCUUAGCAAUCCUUCAGCGGGUGAAUCAAAGCUCCUCGAGAUUGACGCACAACUGGAAAGCUGGAUGCUGCUGCGCGCAAGCUGCGUCGGCAACGCAUCUUCCACGAAUCCCCGGGACUUUAGCACAAACGGUCAGCCAAAGAUCCUCAGCCACGUCAAGGCACUUCUCUUCCGGGCUCUCAUGUGGCCCCUAAACGUAGCCUCCAAGGCGGACCCCAAGUCGUCUCUCAGACGGUACUUUAGCAAAGCACUAGGCGAAUUCGACCGAUUUCUGGAAUUUAUCAUGGAGAUCGACGCGCAUUCUUUGAACUGCUUCUGGGGAGCACAUGCCCGGUCUCAGCUUGUUCUGUGUGGCAAUUUCAUCGUAUCCUUGUUUCUCAUGGCCCCCACGCCGGAUCAGGUCCAGGCGACCUUCCGCCUGCUUGAAAGCACCCAGUCCGCGCUGAAGAUCUGGAGAGAAUUGGCGGACAACGAGGAUGCCAUCUCGCUGCUUCGGCCUACCCUUCUCCGCAUCGAUACGCUAUUCACGCAGGCAGCGCGGAUGAUGGACACUGGGAAUAUCUGA